ACUUGUCAAAGAGACUUGUCAAAGAGACUUGCUAAAGAGACUUGUCAAAGAGACUUGUCAAAAAGACUUGUCAAAGAGACUUGUCAAAGAUACUAGUCAAAGAGACUUGUCAAAAAUACUAGCUAAUGAGACUAAUUAA